AUGUUUCUGAAAGACCUGGCCGAGGCCACUGUUGUGUGCUGCCAGCUGCAGUGUGGCCAGGCAGUGGCAGCCUCCUCAGGGGCUCACUCUGGAACAGGCUCCAGGAAAAUCCUGCUGGAUGGUGUGCAGUGUGUGGGCAGUGAGAGCCACCUGGGCCAGUGCAUGCAUGGGAGCCAGGCUGGACACAAGUGUAGGCACCUGGAGGAUGCAGGAGUCAUCUGUGCAGGUGAUGGACUGGCGGCAGCCCCCCACACACCGCAGUCUCCUCGCCUUCCUUUCACAUCCACAGCGGCCGGACACGUAUCUUCAACCACAUUUCCUUUCUCUGAAACUGCUGCCCUGAAACUGAUGCUCAGGCCGGAAGGCAGGGGAAGGGGUUGUCUAGCAGUGACUAAAAAGGUGGUACUUUUCUUUGUCCUUACCCUCUUUCCUGCAGAUGGAGGAAAUCUCUUCACAUCCUCUGUCUGGCCUGCAGCUCCACAGACCAUACUCACACCUACAGAUGCUGAAUCAUCCACCUCCCAACCAGAAGGAGGCUGGGUCCCUGUGUGGCUGGUAGGCACUGAUGAACGUUGUGCAGGCCGUGUUGAACUUUUCUGCCAGGAAGUCUGGGGGACCGUGUGCGAUGAUCUCUGGGACUUUCCACAAGCAAAUGUCAUCUGCAGGCAGCUGGGAUGUGGCUGGGCCAUUUCAGCCCCGGUUGAGGCCCACUUUGGGGAAGGUUCUGGGAAGAUUCUCCUUGACAAUGUGCACUGCAGGGGAACUGAGCAGCGCCUUGAGGAAUCCACUCAUGUUGGCUGGUUCUCCCACAACUGCGGUCAUGGGGAAGACGCCAGCGUGAUCUGUUCAGAUGCUGAAUAUUCAGUGGUCACAUCACCAGGUCGCCCAGUGGCUGUCUUGGCAGCAACAAUGGCUACAGAAACAUAUCGGUGUGGUGGCACUAUUACUAACUCAUCUGGAGCGAUUCGGAAUCCCCCAAAGAACGAAAUGCAUGACAACAUAACCUGCAUGUGGGAGAUCAAGGCCAAUGCGUCUGAUCACAUACUGCUGGCCUUUCCGUAUCUCAAGCAAGUACUAAACUCACUAAGUACUCUGGGCAGUUUGAAUUCUACUCACUUAUUCUCUUGUGGAUUCACCUAAGCAAGAGUCCUUUGUGCAUUUUAAAGUUUUUAUUUUUAAAUAAGUAGACACAUAGCAUACAAAAGUAUUACUGUAACUAUAGAACAUUAUCAGAACCUGGAAGUUGACACUGGAUAAUGCUCUUAGCUAGACACAGACCCUAUUCAAUUCCCAUCCAUUUUACAUGCACUUAUUUGUGUGUGGGGGUGGGGGGAUCCACUCAACUUUACCCCAUGUGUAAGUUCAUGUAAUCGCUACCAUAUUCCAGAUGCAGACCUGUUACAUUACCACAAACCACUGAAACCAUAUUCGUCCACUGCCCCCUCUGUCCUCUCAGAUUGUAACUGAUUGUCUCUACACUUUGUUGUUUUGAUAAUGUUAUGUACGUGGGAUCAUAUGCUGCAUAGCUUUUGGAGAUGGAAAUCUCGCACUCAGGAUGAUUCCCUUAAGAUGUAUCCAGGCUGUUGUGUGCAUCGAUAGUUUGAUCCUUUUAACUGCUGAAAAGUGUUCCAUUCGUAUGUUUACAUCAGAGUCUGUUUAAUCCUUUCGCUUCUGGCAGACAUCUGCGUUGUGUCCAGUCUUGGGCUGUCACAGAUAAAGCUUCUAUAAACAAUCUCAUAUAAGUUCUUAUGUGGACGUUAGUUUUCAUUUCUCAGGGAUAAAUGCUAAUGAGUAUGAGUACUAGAUUGUAUGGUAAGAACACAUUUAGUUUUUUUACAACAUGCUGAACUCUUUCAGUUACUUCCAUUUCACAAUUCUAGC